AGUAAUUUUAUUUUUGUAUUAUGCAUGUCGUGUCGUUCGGUUAUUUUCCGUCUCGUUUUUAAGGGUAUUAUUUUUUUUUUGUCGAGAAAGGAAGGAAUACAAAGGAACCAACGUAAAAUAAAACAAGAAAAUAAGGGAACAAAGACUACUGAAAUCUAUGUAUAAUUUGAGAAAACAGCAACAACAACUAAUAUUUCAUAAACAAAUACGAAAAAAAAUAUUUAAAAAUACCGUCGAAAAUGUAAACACUCCCCUAAAAUUAAAAAAAGUAAAAUUAAUAAAAAAAUUGAUUAUUAAUACAACAAACACUGCCUAAGCAAAUUUGUAUAAUUAAUUUAUUCUUAGAAUUAAUGAUUUAAAACUCGCGAGUUGUAAGUUAAAAUCUGUAAAAGAACUCGAACAAACAAGCAACAACAAAAAAUGUCAUUAUCCAGACUAGCGAGGCAAUUGUGUCUUUUGGAUACCAUAUAUGUAGAAGGCAGUCAGACACAAAACAACUCAUCAGGAAAAAACAGCAAAUCAAAACUUUCACAACAAACAUAUGAAUAUGUUAUAGCUGUCGACUUUGAAGCUACAUGUUGGGAAAACCAAGCUCCACCACGAUGGAGGGAAUCGGAGAUUAUUGAAUUCCCCGCGAUUUUGGUUAAUUUAAAGACUGGAAAAAUUGAAGCAGAGUUUCACAAAUACAUUAUGCCAAUAGAAUCACCCAAACUAAGUGCUUACUGUACGGAGCUGACCGGCAUUACCCAAAAAAAUGUUGACAAUGGCAUUCCCUUGCAAACGGCAUUAAUGAUGUUUCAGGAAUGGCUGCGAAAAGAAUUAAGAGUUCGACAUUUAACGUUGCCGAAAAUGUCGAAGGAUAACAAAGCCGGAAAUUGUGCAUUUGUCACAUGGACAGAUUGGGAUUUCGGCAUUUGCCUUAACAAAGAAUGCUCAAGAAAACGACUUAAGAAACCCCCAUAUUUUAACCAGUGGAUCGAUUUAAGGGCCAUAUACAGAGAAUGGUACAAAUAUAAGCCGAUUAAUUUCUUAGACGCUCUAACGCACGUUGGCCUCGAAUUUGAGGGAAAACAGCAUUCUGGUAUCGACGACGCAAAGAAUCUGUCCAAAUUAACAUUCAAACUGGUGAAUGAUGGAGCCAUUCUGGCCAUUACUAAAGAUUUGACACCGUUUCAACUGAAUUUAAACUGUAUUUUUUAAGGCGGCGUAAAAACAGGAAAAUCAAGUAUAACUUAACUACUAUUUAAUCCAUUUUUUUAUAUAAACUUAUAUGAUGAAAAUUGUAAGACUUACAUAUUUUAUAUGAAAUUAAUAAUACAAAGAAAUUUUGAAUUUCUCUAAAUUAAAAUACAAAUAUCCCAAAUCA